CACCGAUUGACGAGACGCAUUCAUUCUUCUUAUUCUCUCCACCAGAUCCGAUCGGCAGCUUGACUGGGUGCUGCUGCCAAGUAUCGCAAGGGAAGAUGAGCCGUCCAGAGACAUCGCCGCUUCUCGGCCACCGCUCCUCGCCGAGCCGCUUGGCCGUCUGGAAGGAACGUCUGUCAGAGGAGGUCGAUGUUGACGACUGCGGGUCCGCGCUCACGGCUCAGUGCGUCAUUGCGGGCGCCGCUGAUGCCGCCGCGUAUGGCCAGACGGGCACCUGGGUCGCCUUCAUGACGGGCAACCUGACGCAACUGACCAUGUCCGCCACGACGAUUGGCAUGACGAGGCCGAGCCCAGAGUCGAGCGUGAACCGGCUGAUGCUCUCGGGCUCGUCGGUGCUGGGCUUCAUCGUCGGCGCCUUUGUUGCGAUGCACCUCGACCGGCGCUUCGGCUCCCGCUCGCGCGGCAAGCUCGCAUCGAUGGCCGUCGCCAGGGCCGCCGUCUGCUUCGUCGUCGCCGCCUGGGUCGCCUGGGAAGCGCGGAGGGGCCAUGGUUGGGAUGGCUGGAUCGGCGCUGGCGCGCUAGCACUGCUCGCCAUCAAUAUGGGCAGCAUGGCCGUCAAUGCGCAAAAGGUGGGCAAUGGCCCCUAUGCCACCACGGUCGUCUUUACAGCCACGCUUGCCCAGCUCUUCUCCGAUCCACUGCUGCCGUUUGCCGUCUCGUCUGCCUCGCUCAAGCGGGCCAAGUCCAUCUUUGGUCUCAUUCUCGGUGCAGCCCUCUCGCAGGCCAUCAUGAUUCUCACCCCUAGACUGACGGAGACGCGCGAGGAGACGAGGCUGCUCAAGGAGGCCUCCUCGUACGGCUCCGCCUACGCCCUCAUCUUUGUGGGCAUCGUCGAAGUCGUCGCUGUCGGCCUCUGGCUCCGGGUCAAGCCUGCUGCUGCUGCGGCAACGGGACGAUAGCUACGGAAGCCCUUUCACACAGAGUGUAAUGAAGAUGUAAUCAUUUGCCAUAUACAUGCACUUGUCUAGUCAUGGCAAGCAAGCGGAACAAG